CUCAGCUGAAGGGUCACGCACGCACCGGCGCACCUAGCCUGGCACCGAGCCGGGCUCCCCUUCACAACGCGAAGCUCGCCGGGUUUCGCGCGCCUCCAUUGCCGAGCGGAGCUCAGCGUGGAGCUCCGUUUACAGACGAGCACGUCAGGAGCUGUUCACUUGUCUGCACUCACAACACCCUCUAUGCUUCAGCUCCCCACAUCAAAACAUAACCUGCAGACCAAGGAGACGGUGGUGUCGGUGCCACCGGAGGAUCCUUCUCGUGACGCGAGUCUCGUGUCUCCGCUCCACCUCGCCAUGUCUGCCGCGGCAUCGAAUCGCAAGCGCGGCCACCGGCGCACGCCUUCGUGGACGCCCGACACGCGUCUCGACGGCCUGGAGGACAGCAGCGCCAGGCUCCCGCUCAUACAGCACGAUGGAGCCGUGAGCGGCAGUGAUGGUUUCUCAGGGAGCGCGAGGAUGGACGGGGCGCAGGAGCGGCCAUCGGGGUCGCUCAGCGGCGACGCGAUGGACGUCGGCUUGGCCCCGCGCGGACGGGGCAGUGUGCGCGGCGAGGGCCGCACCAUCGCGCUGCUCUUCUUCCUCUACGUCCUGCAGGGCAUCCCGCUGGGGCUGGCGGGCAGCGUGCCGAUGGUGCUGCAGAGCCGCGGCAUCAGCUACAAGGACCAGGCGCUGUUCAGCUUCGUCUUCUGGCCGUUCAGCCUCAAGCUGCUGUGGGCGCCGCUGGUCGACGCCGUCUACAGCCGUCGCUUCGGCCGCCGCAAGUCGUGGCUGGUGCCCACGCAGUACCUGCUGGGCGGCUUCAUGCUGCUGCUGGCGCGGCACGUAGACCAACUGCUGGAGGGGCCCCACAUCAUGAUGCUCACCGCUACCUUCUUCCUCUUCGAGUUCCUGGCGGCGACCCAGGACAUCGCCGUGGACGGCUGGGCACUCACCAUGCUCUCUAAGGAGAACGUUGGCCACGCGUCCACGUGCAACUCGGUGGGUCAGACGGCCGGCUACUUCCUGGGCAACGUGCUCUUCCUGGCGCUCGAGUCGCCCGAGUUCUGCAACGCGUACCUGCGCUUCUCGCCACAGCCCACCGGCAUCGUCACGCUCGCAGACUUCCUGCACUUCUGGGGCCUGGUGUUCCUGGUGAGCACCACGCUGGUGGCGCUGCUCAAGAGCGAGCGGCCCGACGGUCACGACGAGCAGGCGCACGCCGGGGGCGUGGGCGUGCUGGCCACCUACCGCCAGCUGCUCUCCAUCGUGAAGCUGCCCAGCGUGCGCACCUUCGCCAUCCUGCUGCUCACCUGCAAGGUGGGGUUCUCGGCGGCGGACGCCGUCACGGGGCUCAAGCUCAUCGAGGAGGGCGUCCCCAAGGCGCAGCUGGCGCUCCUCGCCCUGCCCAUGGUGCCCCUGCAGAUCGUGCUGCCCCUGCUCAUCAGCAAGUACACGGCGGGGCCUCGCCCGCUCGACAUCAUGCUCAAGGCCAUGCCCUACAGGCUGCUCAUGGGGCUGGGCUUCGCGCUGCUCGUGUGGUGGACGCCCAGCGUGAAGACCGAGUCCGGCUUCCCGUCGUACUACUAUGGCAUCAUCCUGCUGGCGUAUGCCCUGCAUCAGGUGGCCGUGUACAGCAUGUUCGUGGCCGUGAUGGCGUUCAACGCCAGGGUGAGCGACCCGAUGAUCGGCGGCACCUACAUGACGCUGCUCAACACGCUGUCCAACCUGGGCGGGAACUGGCCGGCCACGCUGGCGCUGUGGAUGGUGGAGCCGCUCACCAGCAGGGCGUGCGCCGGCGCCACGGGGCUCGCGUGCGACUCGCCCGGCGACGUGCAGCUCUGCGUGGAGGCGGGCGGCUCGUGCGUGACGACGCGGGACGGCUACUACGUGGAGUCGGCGCUCUGCGUGCUGCUCGGCGUCCUCUGGUGGCUGCUGCUGGGGCCACGCAUGAGGAGGCUGCAGCAGUUGGGGCCCUCCGCCUGGCAGUGCAGUCGACAGAGACCUUGACGGAGACGGCGGGGGGUGGGGGGCAGCUGGGAGAGAUGGGAAGAGAGGAGGAGCGGAGAUCGGAGACCUGGGCUGGCACGGGAGGCGCACAGAAGCUCGCGUAACGCGGGCCCACACACCGUCCCCGCGGGUGGCCUGAGGCCCUGCACUUUGACACCGUGGCGCUGGUGGUGAGCUUCGUUCGCACCUGGAUUCUUGCUUUGUAACUUGGCAGCGACCAACCCCUGUCUGAGGCCGUGCGGAGAAUCUUGCAGAAGCAACUACUGUCUGUACCUGGAAAUCUGGCAGCAGCAGCUUCUGUCCAAUGGCUUCAUCUACGAUGCCUGAUAGAAGGAUAGAAGCAACGCAAGAAGUGUGAAACCCGGUAACAGCAAAUUCUGUCCGAACUUUGACAGAAGUAACUUCAGUCUUCACGUGGUUGUGCCAUGAAAUCUAUCGUCAGCACAACAGCUUGUGUUUGAACCUGGAACUCACCAUGUCACGCGGAGGCAAUAAGUUCUGUCUGCACCAGGAUUCACUCUCGCCAGAUUUAUGAAUCUCCUGCCAUCAUGCCCGGCCUCGGUGACCUCUCCGCACUUACCACUCUUUUCGCAGAAGUAUAAAGGAAGCCGUUACAUGUCGCAUGCACGUAAGCAAAAAGUUUCUCCGCGGUGGGUCAUGAGAACUGUGGGCUGAGAAUGCCUGGUGUUUAACUACUCAAUGUAAGCGCCACGGUAAGUCUCAUCCCGUUCACCUGCAUUACCUGCAGUGGGGGGUAACCUGGCGGAAAUUCAUCUCUCUGCGUGGGAUAAAGCAAUGCACUUGAUUACGAAUGGAUUCUACACCUAAGAGUUGAUCUAACUUAAAUGUAAAUGCCACGUUGGGCAAAUAAUUUUUCAUUGAUUAAAGUAGAUGGUUAUGUUCAUGGUACAAGAUUUGAAUCGUCCCUUUAACAAAUUCUGUUUGGUCCAUGUUACGUGAAAAUGUUACUUCUUUAAGAUCGCGUGCCGAACGAGGCAGAACAGACGAGAGACGAGACGGAUGAGAAAGACGAUACACAUGUGAGCUGGCACAGCCGAGAUAACAAAUAAUCCCUUCUUGAAUCGAAGUAUGAACCUGAUUGGUGAGGGUUCCUCCAACCGGGGGGGGGGGGGGGGGGUGAAGGAGAAUGCUCGUGUUACGUAAAUCUCCAAGACAGGAAGGUGCCCAUCAUUCUUCCAAGAUCUAUAAAAUAAGUACCACAGUGGUAGUGUGUAGUCUCCCAACAGAAAAAUGCAAUUUACAGUCGUAGAAGGUUUCUUGUUCUGACCUCAAGGGUUCUCCGUUGUGAGUUUACUGGACUCCAGUGAUGAUGAUGAUGAUGAAACUGCCACGGAAUGUCUCAUAAACAUCUAUAAACUGUUUAUUGUGACCUGUCCACAAUAGAUCAACAAAGUGGCUUAUGUGGAAAUUUACAGUUACGCUUAACGCAUGUUGAUUCUAAGUGUGGAGGAAAAAACCGGAAAACCCGGAGUAAAGUCCACGCGACCACAACGAGAACAUGCAAACUCCAAAUAUAUUUAGGCGUCAGGGUCGCGAUCGAACCCGCAACUUCCUGCAUACCAGGCGAGUGAGUUAACAUCUCGCCACGGCGGCAUGGACAGUCUACAGCCAGCAAAAAUAUAUCCCAGCAAGUGACAAAAACUAAACUCAAGCGGCAAAAGACUUGUGUUUGGGAAGCUUGUAGCUUUUGGUGAUUCACUAAUUCGCAUUGUCUGAUUCACGCGCGUACACGCACACACCUUGCAGCAAAGCGGCAGCGGGAUAGUGGGUUGCUCAAUGUUCGGUGAAGGUCGUGGGUUCGAUCCCAAUCCUGACGUCUUAAUAUUUGGAGUUUUUGGUGUUUCUCUCUCUCCCCGUGGUCGGGUGGAUUUUUCUCCGGGUCCUCCGGUUUUUCCCUCCACAUUCAGAAUGAACUCUCGUUCAGAGUAUUUGGCGCCUAUACAUUACCACGUGAUAAGCCGCUUAAUUGAGCUAUCAUUUGUGGCCAGGUCGCUUCUGACAAAAGAGCUGUCUAGCUCAGUGGGCCUUACCUGCUAAAAUAACAAAAGUAGUUUUAAGUUGCCGAAACAUCCGACGCUCGUUCCCACGCCCACCGCAGCCUCCUCCCUGAUUGCAUGCGCACCGUGUUCCUACAGCGCUCUCUAAUCCUCACUGCCGUGAGAUUACCGGCAUCGUCCACGUGCGCCUGUGUUCAAAGGCUUGAAGCUGCUUUACUUUGUUGUUUUGGGACCAAAAGUGAGCAAGUAAAGCAGAAGUUACAAAGUGUCAUCAUUAAGCUGUUCUCAAGGGGUCAACACAUGGGCAAUAUUAGUGUCGUUUUUUUAUCGUGUUUUAAUCAAAGGUGGUGUGCUGGCUGGUUAAAUUACAUUUCUUCUUUCGUACGGUUACUGAUGUCGAUGCAGAGACAACAAAUACAAUUUCACAUCCAGGUGGUCAAGCCAGCAGAUAACAGCAUCAGGAGUAGCGCGGAGUGUAUCGCCAUUUCCUACGUAUUUGUAGAUCGGGCGUUGUGUCAUUGUAUACUACCACAGUCGUUAAAGUUCAUGACUUUAGCGACGAAUUUCAAUUCAAAUCGUGUUCGGGGAGGUCGACUCAGCCCAUCAUCCUUUCAAGAGCUAUAAAUUAAGUACCAUUUUGUUUAAAAGUAAAUUGUGCUAAUCCCAUGGAGAGUCUACCUCUUGCCAUGGGAUUGUGGAAUGGUCACCAGUGGAGAGAUGUUUACCACUUUCACCAAAUGUUAAAUAAGUAAUUCCUAAGUGUUACCAACUGGCAGGCAUUUGGCCAUCAUUUAUCGAAGACUUCCAGGGCUACGUUGGCCACACACCCCAGCAGCUUGUAACUAGCAAAAUCCGUUGUACUGUACUGUUCUCCAAUGUCGCAUUCACCAACUUGGCACAGGCUGCCAUAUAAAUAACACAACCGGCAAUGGAUACCAAAAGUCAUUUAAAUGCAUUCAUUAAUCCCCCCCCCACUUCGCACAAGAAGUGCUCGCAAGUGAUGUCAUCACAUCGACGCCUCUAUCUAAGGAACGAAACAGGAGGAUUUAUUCACAAAUCUGGCUGUCGCCUGAUGAAGCCAGUUGUAAUUACUGGCGAAAUGUUGUACUCGGAUUUUAAAUGUUGUGGCUUGGUUCUCCAACACACCGGUAUGCUGUACUAGUGACGAAUUGGCACGUUCUGUUUACGUGACAAACCUUACUAGUUGGCUGUGUCGGGUAGUGGCAGGUUUAACGACAUUUUCGCGAUCAGACCCAAAAAACCUGUAUUGUGAACAGGCUAGCAUGGUGAAAUAUGGUCAAAUAACCCCCCCCCCCACGGCAUACACGUUGUGUCGGGGAGCCCUCAUCCAUCAGCGGAUCGGCAAGGGCUGUGCGUGCACGUAUGUGUGGCUUGUGGGUGUCAUCGGAAACUCGGUGAGGCUGCUAAGCAGACUCGGUCGAGUGCCGUGCCAGCUGCUGCAAUCCAGCAGCUGAGUUCUGCCGCUCGACUCUUGCCCCGCCAGCCACGCUGCACGGGCCCACGCUGCACGUGGUCCACGCUGCACAGGCCCACGCUGCACGGGCCCACGCUGCACGUGGUCCACGCUGCACAUGGUCCACGCUGCACGUGGUCCACGCUGCACAGGCCCACGCUGCACGUGGUCCACGCUGCACGGGCCCACGCUGCACGUGGUCCACGCACCGAUCCUUGACGGUCGCACUGUUCCGAGCCCACCUCGAGUGUGGCACCGCGGGCAGAGUGAGGCAGCCUGGGGAAGCCAGGGUGCCGCUUCCGCGUGACGGCCGGGUUUCUCGAUUGGCGGCGUUGCGGACAAAAAAAACACGGACGGCGUGCGGUUGAUGGCGGCGUGGAACUCGCCGCUCGCUCGUUCAGGAACUCGCACCCUUGCGGCUGGUGGGGUGGAGCGGUCGGGGCAGUGGUUAGGGCACUGCGGUACAAACCCGGCAAGCCCGAGUUAGAUUCCCGGCCAAAGCUAACGUCAGCGGUGACUGCCAUCGGAAUCGGUCCUGGGUGCACGCCCCCCCUUCAGCAGCUCGUACUGAUGAGCGCAUUGAAGUCCGGUCGAACGCCCCCCCCCACGAACGACAUGGAAUCAGAAUAUUUACACUGGAGGAAUCUGAUGGGCUAUAAAUAUAUUUUUUCUUAGAUCUCUAGUAGUUCACAGAUGCCCAGAAAGACACAGUGUGGGGGGAAAGCCUUCGUGCAGCAGUGGACUGACAAAGUGUGUUGCAGAGUUCACGACAAUCCUCAGUGUGGGACCUGAAGCAUUACUUUCCUUCUGUUUACUGCUAUGGUUUUACAGUUUCAAAAUCAUUCCAUACACCGAUGGCGUUUGAUGUUUAUAGACUAAAGAUCUUGUCCUUUUUGGGAAUCUUACAUGUAAACGAAUCUGUUUUAUGCUCGUGUAUGGCAAUGUGUUGAGGGGCUAAUGCCGAUGUCGAGGUGUGCUCGCCACCAGAAGACUUCAGGAGAGUUGUUUUAGUUUUUUGCUCUUCCCCAAAUCUAUGUAAUGGGUUAUUGUUAUAAAUGCCUUACUACUAAAGGCAUUGGUAACUCUAAUAAUACUUGGCUAUGCGUUAAGGCGGCAGUGGUUCUCAACCGGGGGUACGCGGAUCUCUGGCGUUUUGUGAGGUGAUUUAUAAAGUUUGAAAUUAAAUCAUACUUGAGAGUCAUUGGUGAACAAUCAUGUAUGAAUCUACCAAUAUGAGAUAACUACAAUAACAUUUAAUCCAUGUGGUAAACUCUAGCGAUAUAAAGACCUUUAUAAACUCAUUGAUCGUACACAAUGUGGUUGCCAGGAGUAGCCAGCGAGCGCGAACAAAUCACUUCACGCAUGAAGAGCGUCCGUUGACUUUGUUUUUAUUCGCUUGCAGUUCCUAGCUAGUUCGGAUACCUAAAAAAAAUGACAAUCGGUUAAAAUAUUGACGUUCAAUAUUCCUAAGUUUGUUUCUCAGAACCACGUUGGAGUCCAGGCAAUGGGCUGCUUGUGGUUGAAACACAAUUCAACAAUGGGGGGGGGGAGAGGGGGUACAGUCGCCAACAAAAGGUUGAGAACCACUGCCGUGAGUGACAGACCAUCGCUGCCAGAGCCACUUUGCAAGUCGCCUCCACGUGGCAGUCGAUUUCGGUCGAGUCGUUUGGAGGGGAGGGCGGUGGGGGGGGGGAUGUCGUAACGCCGCCCGUGACACUUUGGGCGGUCGUCCGUCACGAUCCGAUCGUCGUCUCGCGCCUUCCCACGAGCGAACGAGCGCGGCGGGGUCCGGGCCGCGCUUGGGCCGUUCCCGCGGGGUCCGGGCCGCGCUUGGGCCGUUCCCGCGGGGUCCGGGCCGCGCUUGGGCCGCUCCCGUGGCGUCGUCGAAAGUUCGCGGGCAAAGCGCUGCCGGUUGAGGACAGGGCGACGACCUUUGGCACCCGGCGGUGCGAAGCCCGUGUGAGCAACUUUGGUGAAUCAAGAUUUGCAAAAGGUUUACACGGGUGAGGAAUGUUAUUUAAUGUUUUAUAUAUAAUAUAUAUAAUGCUUAUGCUGGAGGGAUUAUGAAGCGAUGCAUUGUAGAAAAGUUGUAGAUUAUUUAAUAAUUUGAAACAGCCUCUCACGCGUCGUGGCGAUGGGCGUCUGAUGACGCAAUAAUGGCUCGUGACCAAUCGAUUAAUGGUGAUUUGCUUAUCGAUUAAAUUGCGUCACAUUGGUUACUAUGUAGUUAGUAGUUAAAAAAACAAUCAAAUGCCAAAUUGGCAGAGCGAUUAAAACAACGGUUAGGUAUUUGCCAGCUGCAGACUUGUCGUUCGCAACUAAAAAACAAAACCAUUAUCUUUGGUCCUCUUCUCCAGGGGCUGAUGUGAGCGUCAGAAUAUUGACGGAUCUCACAUCAUAUUCUUGGUUCUUUCGGUAAAGUCACGUAGAAGGGAAAUAAUAAUAUAAUAAAAAUAUAAAAAAAAA